AUGUCCACAGAAUGGUCUCUUGAUUUCUGUCUGGCCUGUGAUCGCCAGACUCUUGGUGGUCCCUACUGUUCUCAAUCAUGUCGUCUAGCGGAGUUGGACCGUCCAACCCCCGAUGAGCCAAAAUCUCUCCAAACAUCCUCCCACUCGCGUUCUUCCACUCUCGACUCUCAGCCUGAAACUCGAUCGGCUCGCAGUCUUUCUUCAUCUUCCUCCCAAACAUCUCUCUCCUCACUACGGAGCCAUGCGUCCAAUACCACCUCAGACCACCUCCAGGAUGAGCUACGAGAUUAUGCUAGCUCCUUUGAUCCAGUUCGAGACCUCAAGCGACGGUUGACCACCUCCUAA